CGCCUCGGUGUGUUUCUAUGGUUGCGUUGUUAUCGCGUAUACACAUUUCCGUGCGUAUUGCGUCGUCGAUAAACAAAGAGGUUAGGUCAGUUUCGUGAUCCGGCGUUGCCGCUCGAAACGUUGCGUUCUUCGAAAGUUAAGAGGGGUUAGCUGAAAGGAACGAACUUGUUUGGUUAUCGCACCGGCGACAUUCGCGUCCAUUGUUGUUGCUGAUCGUUCGGAGCAGUGUAGAACGAAAAUGGCGAUGGCGACGAAUCAAGUCAAGGGCAGCGGAUGGCCAAGGCGAGCGAGCAACAGUUCGUUCGAGGGGAAAAUCGUGCAGAAUCAAUCGGUCACCAUAAACAGGACUGUAAAUUUAUAUCCUUUGACAAACUAUACAUUUGGAACAAAAGAGCCACUCUUCGAGAAAGAUCCAUCAGUACCAGCGAGAUUUCAGCGUAUGAGAGAUGAAUUCGACAAAAUCGGCAUGCGGAGAAGCGUAGAAGGCGUCUUAUUGGUACACGAGCAUGGACUGCCACACGUUCUCCUUCUACAACUUGGUACAACAUUCUUCAAAUUGCCUGGCGGAGAACUCAAUGCAGGAGAAGAUGAGGUAGAGGGCCUAAAACGGCUCCUUACAGAGACUUUUGGACGGCAGGAUGGUGUGAAGCAAGAAUGGGUUAUAGAAGAUACAAUUGGAAACUGGUGGCGUCCAAACUUUGAGCCACCUCAGUACCCAUAUGUACCGCCUCACAUCACAAAACCAAAGGAGCACAAAAGACUAUUCCUGGUACAGCUGCAAGAAAAAGCUCUCUUUGCUGUACCAAAGAAUUACAAAUUAGUCGCCGCACCAUUGUUUGAACUUUAUGACAAUUCACAAGGUUACGGUCCCAUAAUUUCAUCUUUGCCACAAUCACUGUGCAGAUUUAACUUCAUCUAUAUGUGAACCUAGAAUUAGACACAAAUUUGGCGUAUUUUGUUUAAUUUAACAAAAUCUACUACAAAUUUGAUAAAUGUAUGUAUGAGAUGAUGGAUGAUACUUGACUUGUGGUUUAUGUAUGUAUAAUAUAUGCAUUGCAUUGCGAGAAUUAAA